AAAUGUCACCAACAUUUUCCGAUUGUAUUAUUACUAAUGUAACAUUGUCAUUCGGAACUUGUUCCUUAAAAUUAUAAGGACUUAAGAGUCAAGUGUCAGAAUCCUGCCUCAAAGAACAAUUUGCUCCGCUUUCUGCAAGUGUACGAUUUACAAUGGAUUUGAUCAUCUUUGCUACAGGCUAACUCGAAGACAACACCCCUAUGCUGUGAAGCAAAGGCAGGAACAGGAGAAAUAAACGACACUGCAAGGAAAUAUCCCAUCUUGUGGAAAGAAACGUGCAGACGCCAGUGCGAGAGGGAAGUAGCGAGCUCUUUGCUGUAACUUCCAUUCCGCCUCUGGCACCUCGGGAGAACACACCUUAUUUCCCAGCGGUUGCAAAUUUGCAGAAGGAGCAGCAGAAUGCAUUUAAAACUGCGGGCGCAAGCGAGGAAGGCUCUUCCUGCUGGAUGCUGAAAUUGGUCACCUUUACACGGCCGGGUGUACGCCGGGAUGCAGUAGCCAGCUACCAUGACCGUUUUUAACCAAGCAAAUGUGGAAGAUUAUUACCAGAUCGGUGAAGACCUGGGCAGUGGACAAUUUGCAAUUGUGAAAAAAUGCGCAGCAAAAAGUUCUGGGAUAGGAUAUGCAGCGAAGUUCAUCAAAAAGCGGCGCUCGAAGUCAAGCCGCCGUGGUGUGAGUCGUGAAGACAUUGAACGAGAAGUCAACAUCUUAAAGGAGAUAGAGCACCCAAACAUUAUAAAUCUGUAUGAUGUUUAUGAGAAUAAAACUGAUGUGAUCCUUAUUCUUGAACUUGUGUCCGGUGGAGAACUGUUUGAUUUUCUGGCAGAGAAAGAGUCCUUGACAGAAGAGGAGGCAACAGAAUUUCUCAAACAGAUUCUUAAUGGUGUCCAAUACCUCCAUUCCAAGUGCAUUGCCCAUUUUGACCUUAAGCCUGAAAAUAUUAUGUUGCUGGAUAAAAAGUCACGCAAACCUCGGAUUAAGCUCAUUGACUUUGGUUUAGCACAUGAAAUCGAUUUUGGGCAUGAAUUUAAAAACAUCUUUGGAACUCCAGAGUUUGUCGCUCCAGAAAUAGUAAACUAUGAACCUCUUGGUCUGGAGGCUGAUAUGUGGAGUAUUGGAGUCAUAACUUACAUUCUCUUGAGUGGUGCAUCACCAUUCUUGGGUGACAGCAAACAAGAAACGUUAGCCAAUGUUUCAGCUGUGAACUAUGAAUUCGAUGAGGAAUUUUUCAAGAAUACUAGUGGCUUGGCGAAAGACUUUAUCCAGAAACUACUUGUGAAAGAUCCCAAGAAAAGAAUGACAAUACAAGAUAGCUUGCAGCACCCAUGGAUCAAGCCAAAGGACAGUCAGCAGGCUCUCAGCAGAAAAGUGUCUGCUGUAAAUAUGGAGAAGUUCAAAAAGUUUGCAGCCCGCAGGAAAUGGAAGCAAUCAGUAAGGCUAAUAUCACUGUGCCAACGGCUAUCAAGAUCAUUCCUUUCUCGGAGCAACAUGAGUGUUGCUAGGAGUGAGGACACUUUGGAUGAAGAGGAUUCUUUUGUGAUGAAAGCAAUUAUUCAUGCCAUCAAUGAUGAUAAUGUUCCAGGCCUACAACAUCUCCUUGGAUCCCUUGCCAACUAUGACAUAAACCAGACCAACAAGCUUGGAACCCCUCCAUUAUUGGUUGCAGCAGGUUGUGGAAACAUUCAAAUUCUUAACUUGCUCAUACAGAAAGGAGCGAAGAUUGAUGUCCAGGAUAAGUCUGGGUCCACUGCACUGUAUUGGGCUGCAAGACACGGUCAUACUGAAACAUUAUGCUUUUUGCAUCAACAAGAAUGUCCUCUGAAUGUGCAAGAUAAGUCUGGUGAAACUGCCCUCCAUGUAGCAGCUCGUUAUGGUAAUGGUGAAGUGGUACAAUACCUCUGCAAAAUUGGUGUUAAUCCAGAUCUUCAAGACAGGGAACAAGAAACCCCUUUGCACUGUGCCGCGUGGCAUGGCUACUAUGCUGUGGCCAAAUCACUCUGUGAAGCUGGCUGUGAUGUUCACAUUAAAAAUAAAGAAAGAGAGACUCCCCUCUUGACUGCAGCUGCAAGAGGCUAUGUGGAUAUCGUGGAAUGUUUGAUGGAACAUUGUGCAGAUAUGGACGCAAUUGACACGGAUGGUCAUACAGCUCUGCACCUUGCAGUACGAAGAUGUCAAAUAGAGGUGGUGAAGUACCUGCUAGCUCAAGGAUGCUUUGUGGACGUACAAGAUCUACAUGGUAAUUCGGCUGUGCACAUAGCCUGUAAAGAUGGCAACUUAGCUAUUGUUAUGGCUCUUUGUGAUGCAAACUGCAACCUUGGUAUAACUAACAAGUAUGGAAGAACACCUUUGCACCUAGCUGCCAAUGCAGGAAGUCUGGAUGUUGUCCGCCACCUCUGCCUUGCUGGUGUCAACGUGGAAGCUGUUAGCUUGGAUGGAAGAACUGCCGAAGAUCUCGCAAAAGCUGAACAACAUGAACAAGUUGCCAACUUGCUUGCCAGGCUUAAAAAGGAUGCACACAGAGGAAUCUUCAUUCAGCAGCUGAGGCCUUCUCAGAAUUCUCAGGUCCGAAUAAAACUAAAGCUGUUUGGACAUUCAGGUUCAGGAAAAUCAGCACUGGUAGAGUCUCUUAAAUGUGGGCUUCUGCGAAGUUUCUUCAGGAGACGCAGACCAAGGUUAUCAUCCACUAACUCAACUCGUUAUCCUCCUUCCCCUUCUUCAUCAAAACCAACAGUUUCAGUGAGUAUUUCCAAUCUGUACCCUGGCUGUGAGAACGUCAGUGUAAGGAGCCGGAGCAUGAUGUUUGAACCCAGCCUAACCAAAGGCGUGCUCCAAGCGUUUGUUUCACCUUCGCACAAUCUAAACUAUGCAAUUGAUGACCAGAGCACUAAAGCAAUCGACAUUCAACAUGCUAACAUUAAUGGUGUUGGUGAUUUAAAUAUCUGGGAAUUCUCUGGCAAUCCUGCCUACUACUGCAGUUACGAUUACUUUGCAGCAAAUGACCCGACUGCUCUCCACUUGGUGCUUUUCAGUAUAGAGGAACCUUAUGAAAUGCAAUUGAACCAGGUGACGUUUUGGCUCAAUUUCCUCAAAGCACUUAUCCCAGUGGAAGACCCUAUAGCUUUCGGUGGAAAGCUGAAAAAUGCUUUGGAGAUUGUCCUUGUUGCCACACAUGCAGACAUCGUAAACUGUCCUCGUUCAUUUGGAGGGGAAUUUGUUUAUGACAAAGGUCUAUCACUUCUAAAGGAAUUGAAAAGCAGAUUUGGAAACGAUAUGCAAAUAUCUGAUCGACUAUUUGUUCUUGAUGCUGGUGCUUCUGGAUCUAAAGACAUGAAGAUGCUGCGAAAUCACCUGCUAGAAUUGAGGAAUAGGAUCAUUUCUGAUUGUCUGUCUAUGACAUUCCUUUGUGAGAAAAUCAUCUCUACUCUACCUUCUUGGAGGAAGCAAAAUGGGCCAAACCAAUUUAUGUCAUGGCAUCAAUUUGUAUACGAUGUUCAGGACCAAAUUAAUCCUUUAGUCAGUGAAGAGGAUCUGAGGGAGAUCGCCCAACAGCUGCAUAGUUUGGGAGAAAUUAACAUUUUACAAAGUGAAACCAUCCAAGAUGUGGUGCUCCUGGAUCCUCGGUGGCUGUGCACCAAUGUGCUUGGAAGGCUGCUGACCAAUGAAAAUCAAAAGGCAUUGCACCACUAUAGAGGCCGUUACACUAUAGACGACAUUCUACACUUGGUAUCAGAGAAUGACGUAGAGGAGUUGUUGCAAAUUCUGGAUGCAAUGGAUAUUUGUGCCCGGGAUUUAACCAAUGGAUCAAUGGUGGAUAUUCCAGCACUGAUUAAAGUGGAAAGUCUGCACAGAUCCUGGACUGAUGAAGAGGAUGAAAUGUUGGUUUAUGGGGGUGUCCGCAUUGUGCCUGUUGAACAUCUUGCCCCAUAUCCAUGUGGUAUUUUCCACAAGGUGCAGGUGAACCUUUGUCGAUGGGUGCAUCAGCAAAACUCCGAAGGAGAGCUGGAUGUCAGGUUAUGGACCAAUGGAUUAAAAAUAUCCAACAAAGGGACUGAAGUUAUGGUCUUUCUGGUCAACCACGGACAAGGUUUGGAAGUACAAGUAAGGGGCCCGGAAACAGAAAAAGUAAGGUGUUGUUUGUUUCUGGAUUCCAUUUGUAGUAUCAUUGACAAUCUAAUAGUGACUACUUUACCCGGGCUCCUGACUGUCAAGCAUUACUUGAGUCCCCAGCAGCUCAGGGAACACAGUGAACCUGUAAUGGUUUACCAGCCUAGAGACUUCUUCAGAGCUCAAACUCAGAGAGAGACUUCACUCACCAAUACUAUGGGUGGCUAUAAGGAGAAUUUUAGCAGCAUUCUUUGCUUUGGUUGUCUCGAUGUUUAUUCCCAAGGUAACCUUGGAAUGGACAUCCCUGUAUCAGAACUAAAUCUACUUACGAGGCGCAAACUUAGCCGCCUACUGGAUCCCCCCGACCCCAUGGGUAAAGACUGGUGCCUCUUGGCUAUAAACUUGGGACUUGUUGACCUUGUUGCAAAACUCAACACUCAGAAUGGAAUUUCAGCGAAUGGGACAUUUCCUACUAGUCCAACCAGUGCUGUACUGACUGAGUGGGCACUUUCACCAGAAAAUACCGUGGGGCUAUUAAUGUCUAAACUAAGAGGACUAGGUCGUCGAGAUGCUGCAGACUUUCUUUUAAAGGCCUCAGCUGUUUUCAAAGUUAAUUUAGAUACCAAUGGGCAUGAAAACCCCAUAUCCAAUUGCAAUGGAGGAACAUCAUAUAAUUCAAUCAGUUCAGUGGUUUCAAGAUAAGAAUAUUCUGGAAAAGAGGUGCAAUUUUAACUGAGUUCUCACUUUAAGACAUGUAUUCUUUGUGUACAGAUAUUGUCCUGAAACUGUAACUUGCUUCCUUUUACAAGGAGAUAGCAGUGAAAUUCACUGAACAUGUUUACUCCUACACAAUAAACCAUGGUUCUUUGGUACCUGCUGUUUAAAUGGGCUAUCAACUCAAAUCUAAUCUUUUUUUUAAAGGCAGGCUGUUUUUAACUAAAAAAAAUAAAUGGAAUGGAAAUAGAUUUGUCAUUCAUGCAGAUAGACUUUAUGAAUUUGCCAUAUAUAAGUUGUCUGAUUUGUAAGGAAUAUCUUUAUCGUGCAUAUGUCUUCACAAAAUUGUGUUAACAAAAGUGAGUUUAGCAGAAACCCUCUACAAGAAUGUGAAUUUUAUUGCAAGUUUUUCAUCAACUCACCCAUACUCUCUUUAUUUUCAAUGAACGGGGGAAUAGGUGAAUGUUUGUUAUUGACAAUAUUAAAUUUGUUACGUAAGUCAACCAAAUGCGAGUGCCUUUUUCAGGGUUUCCUGACAGAAGUAGACCAAUAAUAGUUAAAGCUUUUAAAAAUGAAUUUUCUACCUCCCCAUUACUCUUCACUGAGGAGCAUGCAUAUCAUUUACUAUGAAUGGCAUUUGUGUUUUCUUAUUGUGUACAAUUUUCAUUUCAGGCCAACCUAUUCAUAUUGAUGUGGUUUAUCCAUUGUUUAAAAGGGAACAAGACUUGUGGUAGAUUCAUGUGCAUUGAUAAUAAAAUAGUCAUGUACAGUGAAAUUUAAUUGUGGAAAAUAUUUCCGGUUUUAUGAUCUAUUUAUAUUUGCAGUUAUAGGGGAGCAUGCUGUUUUAAUGCUACAUCUCUACAGUUCCAUUCUUAUUAGCUUUUUAGUAAUAGUAUUAUGACCUGAAGUAUUUUUAAUAAACAAUUUCCUUAUGAAAAAUGGACAGAAAACAACAAGUUGUAUUUUUAAAGUGAUGUUGGUUUUCCUGCUGCAGGAUCUAUCUGGUCUUUAGAUUCAAUAAUGCUCUGUUGCACAGAAGAAGCAGUGGAGCAUUCACUAUUAUGGGAGAGGCACAUUUGCUUAUUGUAUCGUCUAACAUGUAAAACUUUUACCUGAAGGGAAAUAAGGUGAGAUAGGGAAUGAGUAGAACAACCAAACGAGUUCUUGGGACAGAGAGUAUUAGUUACAAGCUCAGGAAAUCUGAGGGGUAUGUUUUUCCACACUUGGAGACAUUUAGCCUCUACAGGGUUAAGUUGCAUAGAUUCUGGCACCAUUUUGCUUUAGUUGUGCCACUACUUAUUCCUUUCCUUACUUACAUGAGUAUUCAUAAUCCAACCCUUGCAGUAGUCUCCAUCAAAUACAACUGGGUUCUGUUUUAUUUUCUGUACGUAGCCCUGCGCUUCACUUAAGCCUGAUAGGCCUAACCUAGCACACCAAUGUCAAUAAAAACCUCAACUAAUGCAACGCGUGUGGAAGCAGUCUACAGCAGCACUUAAGUCUGCAUUCGUGUCAAAACUUGAAAGUGAAGCAGUAUUGGAAAUUACGGAUUACAUUCUCCUGUUUCCCCACUGCACCCUUCCUACCCCUAAGUCUGACCCACUCAGCCUGAAGAAGGGUCUCGCCCCGAAACGUCACCCAUUCCUUCUCUCCAGAGAUGCUGCCUGUCCCGCUGUUACUCCAGCAUUUUGCGUUUGUAUCUUCGGUGUAAACCAGUAUCUGCAGUUCCUACCUACAUCUCUCUACCCCUACUUCACUAAUACUCUCCAUCAACAUCCCCUCUAGUGUAAUGUGCAACAAAGCUUCACUUCUCAAUGGGCUUUUGAAUCAGAUUCUUGUGUUAUCGUGGAGGUUAAACAUGAAAGCCUUCCUUUAAAAGUGUGCUACAUUUGGCUUGAAGAUGAUGAUUUAUUCAGGUGGCUAUAUAAUCAGGACUAUUCCAGUUGGGCACUUUUUGUACCUGAGCACAAACAGUGCAAAAGCUAAUUCUAAGUUAAUUCUACAUGAGAUACUUCACGGAUAAUUUAUGAAGUACAAUUCUGAUGUAAUGCAUCAUUCCAGAAAUCCAAUAAAGAAUUGACAUUUUCAACAUG